AUGAGGCUAAAUCUUGCCAAGUGUGCAUUUGGGGUUACCACAGGGAAACUUCUAGGCUAUGUCAUUAUCUUUAUAGGAAUUGAAAUAAACCGCACUAAAAUCAAGGCUAUCAUGUCUAUGCGACUGCCUAAGACCAAGAAGCAAAUUCGAGGAUUCAUUGGCCUAUUGCAAUACAUAAUUAGGUUCAUAUCAAAACUCACCAUGGCGUGUCAACCGAUUUUGAAGAAACUCAAGAAGAAUGUACUAGUGAUAUGGGACGAUGAGUGUCAAGAAGCCUUUGAUAAGAUCAAAGCCUACCUUGCAAAUCCUCUUUUACUGGUGCCAGGAAUACCAAACAUUCCUCUCCUUCUACAGUUGACAGUCACUAAAAAAACAAUGGGGGCUAUGCUCGCAAAAGAAGUUUCAAAUGGAAAAGAGAAUGCCAUCUACUAUUUAAGUAAAAAGAUGCUCAAAUAUGAAGUUCGCUACACACCACUUGAAAAGUUUUGCCUCGCACUUGUGUAG